AUGCUCCAAGAUGCCCUCGCGCAUCUUGCGUCUUCGUCUUCCCGUUUCCCUGAAGACCAAUCCCUGGUCAAGCAUGCGAUCCGGAUGGCGGCGGGACUGUCGAGCAUGGACCCACCCGCGUACGCAGACACGGUCUUUGCUCUCAUCCAGUCUCAAGGCAAAGGAAGCUUCGCGAUCGCAUGGCUCUCCGCCGUAGGUAGCCUCGACUACAUCGACGCCGGCCAUAUGCUCCCUCGAUGGCGAACACUCCUUCUCUGGGCAGCCGAGCGUAAAGAAGAACAGUUCAUGACGAACUGUUUUAAGGCGGUGAAGGAGGCGGGCUUGGUUAUUGACGCGGCCACCAGCGCAAAUAUCAUUGCGACUUCCCUUCAACCUCUUCCACGGAACGGCGGCCUUCCUUCUCCCGAGUACAUGAAGCACGUCAUCAGGAUCAUGAAGGCGUACGGCAUAUCCUAUGACAACGACACGGCCACUCUUAUCUUAGACCGGUACACCGAGGCCCGCCAACGGGACAUUGGCGGGAUGUCUACUGCGAGAGAUUUUCAGAAGGCCUCGCGCACCCUUUUGCGAUUCAAACAGCUCGGAUUGCUGCCCACGGAGGAUGUAUUGCUGGCACUUUUGGGCGAUAAACCUUCCGUCCGUUCGUUGAAGCACUGGCGCCAGGUUCUCUCGCUUCCCAGUAACAUUCGUUCAACAUUCAAAGUCCUGGAAUUCCUCGGGAAGGGACCCACUCCCUCGAAGGAGGUAGUCAAAUUCUACACCGACGAAGUCUCCCGCGGCGUUGCCCCCACUCCACAAACACUACAAAUCGUCAUCCAGGCACUCCUUUCUAGCGGGCUCCGCAAGCCAUCCAAGGAGACUGUUGAGCAGGCUAUUGGGCUAUACAAUGACUACAUCACCGAUCUCCGCCAGGUCUCAUCUUCUGAAGGCGCCCCCCCUCCUCCAGCUUCUAAAGUUCCCACCGCCAGAACGUACCAGCUACUACUCCGAGGAUUCGCAUCAAGCGAGAGUCAGGCGACGCUCGGGACCUCACUUGCCAUCGCCGAGGACAUGCGUCUCUUCGACAUCCGUUCGGACCCGGAGACGACCACGAGUCUCAUCAUCAUCCUCAUGCGGCUAAGCGCGACUCCUACGGAAGCACUCGACAUGUAUCGCGCCCUGGGGCGCCCCAAGGUCAUCGGUGACCCACCCGUUCUGCACGAAGCCGGCUACCUCGCCGUCCUGUCCGCGUUCUGUAGUCUCAAAACGUGGCCCCGAGGCAUCCCCUCCCCUCCUCAAUACUUCGAGAUCGUGAUGGACAUGCAGAAGGCCGGAUUCGCCCUCGCUAGCAAAGCCUACACCAUCAUCCUCCGCCAGCUCGCCCUCCUCGCCGCCGGCCUCCCCAAGACCGACGACCCAGACGCGACCGCGUCCCGCGACGCGGUCGCGAAGGCGAUCCAGCGCGUCCACAACCAGCUCACGAUCGCCGCCGGCUUCACGCCCGACGUCCCGCUCUGGAACCAGCUCAUGGACACGUACCAGCGCGCGGGCCGCUUCGCCGACGCGCUCCGCGUCUGGGAGCGCAUGUUCGCCGCCGGCCAGUUCUCGAGCACGACGGUGAGCGUGGUGCUGGACGCGUGCGCGUACGCGGAGGCGUACGACGCCGCGGUGCGCAUCUACACCGCGCUUGCGGACACGGGCUUCCCGAUGAACGUCCGGAACUGGAAUACGUUCCUCGAGUGCCUCUGCCGGCUGGGGCGGCUCGACGAGGCGAUGAAGGUGCUCUGCCUGGAGAUGGUCGGGCGCGAGGACGGCGUGGUGCCAGACAUGGAGUCGGUGCGCAUUUUGCUCAAGUUCGCGGCGAAGGACGGGCGGGGGUCGAAGUGCGGUCACGGAUCAAGCGGUUUCUUCCAAAGCUGUAUUAUUCGCUGCCCGACGAUUUGCGACAUCCCUAGAUAG